GCGUUACUUCAGCCAGCCAAAGCUCUGAAGUAGUUCGAGGCGCUGUCGUUCUGUCCUGACCGCCUGAUAGAGAAGCUUUAUUUUCUUUCGACAGUGAAAACACCAGCAAAGAACGGAAGCGAAAUAACGGGAAGAAGAACACAGACUGUGCGCUUCUGUUCAGAAACCCGGCAACCAUGGGAGCUGCUCUGGGGACAUUUUCUUUUGCAAGCUGGGUGCCGUGCCUGUGCAGCAGUGCUACGUGCCUGAUGUGUAGCUGCUGUCCGAGCAUCAGAAACUCCACGGUGACCAGGAUCAUCUAUGCCUUUAUAAUGCUGAUAGGCACCAUCGUUGCCUGCAUCAUGCUGUCACCGGGUGUGGAUCGGCAGCUCAAAAGGAUCCCAGGCUUUUGUGAGGAUGGGGCAGGUUCGUCUGUCCGUGGUCUACAGGCGGAUGUCAAGUGUGAGAUGUUUGUGGGGUACCAAGCAGUUUACCGUAUAUGCUUUGGAAUGAGUAUGUGGUUCUUGGGGUUCUCCGUUCUCAUGAUAAACAUAAAGAACAGCAGAGAUCCACGUGCUGCUAUCCACAAUGGAUUUUGGUUCUUUAAGUUUGCUGCCUUGGUGGCAAUUACAGUUGGUGCCUUUUACAUCCCUGAAGGGCCUUUCACCUACAUAUGGUUUGUCAUAGGCUCUGGUGGAGCCUUCUUUUUCAUUCUGAUUCAACUGGUGCUGCUGGUGGACUUUGCCCACUCCUGGAAUGAGUCCUGGGUUGACAAGAUGGAGAAUGGCAACUCCAGAGGCUGGUAUGCAGCUCUACUGGCUGUCACGAUCCUGAACUACAUCCUGUCAUUAACAGCUGUUGUGCUGUUCUUUGUCUUCUACACGAAACCCAAUGAAUGCUUCAUCAACAAAUUCUUCAUCAGCUUCAACAUGUUGCUCUGCAUCGUUGCCUCUGUUGUCUCAGUCCUGCCAAAAGUCCAGGAGUCUCAACCUCAUUCAGGUCUACUACAGUCUUCUUUCAUCACCUUGUACACUAUGUUUCUAACCUGGUCUGCCAUGACCAAUGAGCCUGACCGGGAAUGCAACCCCAGCCUGUUGAGUAUCUUCCAGCAGAUCGCAGCCCCGACCCCGGGCCCUACAGAGACCGAGAACCAGACAGCCACCAUGGCAAUGAUUACCACAAUCACUGGGACAGAAAAACCUGCCUUUACAUCUCCAUACCUGCAGUGGUGGGAUGCUCAGAGCGUUGUGGGCCUCAUUAUAUUUAUCUUGUGCAUCCUGUAUUCCAGCAUUCGUUCAUCUAGCAACAGCCAGGUUAACAAGCUAACUAUGGCAUCCAAAGAUUCAGUCAUCCUCGCUGAGGGGGGCAGCACAGAACUGUCAGAGGAGUCGACAGGGCCCAGACGGGUGGAGGACAAUGAACGGGACAUGGUCCAGUACAGCUACUCCUUUUUUCAUUUCAUGCUUUUCUUGGCCUCACUUUACAUCAUGAUGACCCUCACUAACUGGUACAGCCCUAAUACAGACUACACCAUAACGAGCAAGUGGCCAGCAGUAUGGGUGAAAAUCACCUCCAGCUGGGUUUGUUUGGCUUUGUACACAUGGACACUGGUGGCCCCCAUGGUCUUCACCAACCGAGAUUUCAGCUGAUCAGCCAGUCUCCAAAGCGUGCUCUUAUUUUUUGUCUGUUUUUACAUUAAAUUUGUCAAUAAUGCUAUUGUCAAGAUGGGCUCAGGUUUCACACUUUUAGAUCGAUUCUGAGUGAGUUGAUUGUGUAUGCUUCCAAAGUGCCCUAACAGUUGCUUCAGAUAAAGAUUUUUUCUGUAGUGAUUUCACACCAGUCACAUCACUAACAAUAGCAAUAUAUUGUUGUAUUUUUGUACUUGGGCAAUUUUCUGGUUAGAGCAAACCUUUUGGAUUUAAGUCAGCUAGAUUUUUCUUUAUCUUCUUCCUCUUUUUUUUGCUGUAACACCAAUUUAUGGUGAAUGCUUAGUUGAAAAAAAAAAUUUCUCAACAUCAUGGAGUUACACCUACGACUUACUGUGGAGCUGGGGUGAACUGCAUUCACUACGAAGAGGAUGUGGUUGGCUGUUCAACCUUCAUAUGCCUUAUAUGUCUGAAAAAUGUUAGAAUAUCAGAUAACUAGGGAGUAUGUACAUGAAUGUCGCAGACAUAACUGCAAUAUGACCAAAAUCAGCUCAAGUUUCUGCCAAAUGUAAACGGACCUGCAGGUCCAUCAGACCUGAAGAUGUCAGGUGGUUUAAAAAUAUCCUUAGAACAAAGAGAUACAGGCACACCUCUGAAUAGCCUAGAAUAUCUUUAGUAUUUAUUUUGAUUAUUGUUGUAAGAAUGUGUUUCUGUAAUUUUAAAAAGAUUUAAAUUUUUAAGAAAAGGACUCCAUAACUGAAUAAUUACAGAUGUUUGAGAAUAAAAAAUCUGAGCAUUUGCCUUGUGUUCCAGAUUUACCCAGUGUGGUUAAUAAGUUAUGAAUUCUCUGUAAUGCAUCUGCAGUUUGUGAUUAUACUGACCUACUAUAUAAUCAUUUGCUUUGCUUUGACUCAGAGAUUCAGUGUGCUCAUCUAUGUCACAGACAGGAAAAAAAGCAUUCUGAAAGUCAUCAAGUCAUAAUUGGUUCCACACUUUUUUGUGUUACUAACUAAAUGUUAAUAUUUUCCAAGGACCACUGUUUUUUUUAUUUUUUUGGCAAAGCUGUGUACUUUGAACCUUUGUUAUAACUCUCAGCAAUGUGCUGUAAAUGAAUAAAGGCACAUCUGGAGCUUUCUGUGUGCUUUUGUUUCACGUUUGAUUGUUACGAGUGUCUCAUCUUAUACUGGUGAGACCCAUGAAUAUAAGCAGCAACAAUACAGGAAGCUCAAUUAUUAAGUGUUAACUUAAUGCUUUGCAGUGUGCCAGAGAGCAGUAAUUCCUUCAAAUCAGUUUGAUACACCAGUGCAAUACCAUUAAAAUACUAAUCUUUCUGAGAAAUAAACAUUUAAAACCUGGUACAAAUAAGUACAGAUAACUGUUUUAAUCUCUAUGGACACUUUUCAUAACAACUAUGGCUUAAUCUUUUUUUAACCAUUUGGAUGAUACGUUAAAUUGACAGGGCGUGUGCACAAGCAGCGCCCAGCAGUCCUACGUUUUAUCUGAAGGGAUGUCAAAUGCUAUCAUUCUUCUGUAAAGUAAAUUUACCUACAGGUAUAAGUAAAGUAACCUUAACCUUAAAUCAGUGGCAGAUUGGCACUGAUUUAACAGAGCAAGGCCACUGCCUCUUCUUUCACCACUCUGAGAUCAGCUACAGUUUCCACUUGUGCAGAAAGACAUCCAGCAAAUAAACAAGCUUCAGAGAUUUAUCAUUGUGACAGAUGAGUUUCCUCAUACCUUGGUGAUAUGGAGAAGAUGGCAUGUGAAGAGGUUGUAAAUAACUCCUUUUAUUAGCAAUGAUGGACACGAUGAUGGAGAGGGGACACCAGCUCUGACCAUCUGUCUAAUAAAACAGGCAAAUCCAGGCUCAGAAGCACUUUCAGAGUAGCAUCUAUAUAAAAUUUAUAAUAAUUUAACAUUUCUGCAUCCAGCAAGAAGAUAUCUUUUCAUCUAUAGUAACUAAAGUAUAGUUACCUUCUUGUGACGUCUAGGACACAGGAGUAUUAGGUUAUUGUGUACAUGUUGG